AUGGUUGGUCCCGCACUUAGCUCAGUAUGGUACAGCAGUAACCAGACUGCGGCUGUUUUGCUAGCAAACCCGCAGGGAGGAGGGCAGUCCCGCCCUUUCCCUCUCUCUUCCCUCUCCCUCUCUCCCUCUACUAUUACUACUACACUGCCGUCCUCUCUUCUCUCUACAUACUCUUUCUCCCAUACAAACCGCCUCUCAUACAAACCACCACUACUAUACUGCUAUACAAGCCAAUACCCAAUAGUCAACAUGGCUAAGGAAAAGACUACACGCAAGGCCAAGCGCGGCGGUGUUGAGAAGAGAAAGAAGGAUCCUAACGCCCCUAAGCGCGGUCUCUCUGCCUACAUGUUCUUCGCCAACGAGAACCGUGAGCGCGUCCGAGACGAAAACCCAGGCAUUGCCUUUGGUGCCCUUGGCCGUAAGCUCGGUGAGCUGUGGAAGGGAUUGAGCGACUCCGAGCGAAAGCCAUAUGAAGACAAGGCUGCCGCCGACAAGAAGCGUUACGAGGACCAGAAGGCCACCUACUUGGCUGGUGGCGACGACGAGGAAGAAUCUUCCUAA